GUUUGGAUUAUCUCCCUUACUGCCUAUUUACACUUCCUGUUAAAAAAAUGAACAGCAUUGGAGAAGAAUGCCAAGAACUAAAAGUUGCUUAUGACAGUUGUUUUAACAAAUGGUUUGCAGAACAAUUUUUAAAGGGGAACACACAUGAUCCAUGUAAAGCAUUAUUUGGUGUUUAUCAAACUUGUGUGAAGAAAGCAAUACUUGAGAAGAAACUGGAUUUGGGAGAAAUUGAAAAAGAUGUGUUAGGGACAGACAGAGAAGAAAAGAAAACCUGAAACAUUUCCAACUGUCCUCUUACAAGAACAGUAUAAUAAUGCAGCUGUAGAAAUAUAUUGACAUUCUUAUCAGUGUGAAUGAACAAUGACUACUAGUGAACUUACAUGACUUUUAUGAUUUGUUUUUUAAAUAUUUUUAUUAUUUUUUUAUAAAAAAAACACCAUAAAAACCA